CAUCUUGCUUGCUUCGCCGCCUCGAUGACGCACAAAGUUGAUGUGUCUGAUGGAUAUGGUUUAGGUUCACUGAAAGAUGGCAAGCCGCCUGAUGCAACAGACAAUGCAAACUAUUUUUGCGAAUAUGCUUUCCUUUACCACCAAAUGGACAUGUUGGAGGACGCGCACCGCACGGGCGCCUACUUCAACGCUAUCACGUGGAAUCCUGCUAGCUUCAAGGACAAAGUGGUGCUAGACGUCGGCGCAGGAACCUGUAUCUUGUCCAUUUUUGCUGCAAAGGCAGGUGCCAAAGAAGUUUUUGCAGUGGAGGCAACCGACAUGGCGAUUCGUGGGCGGAAGAUUGUUGAAGCUCAAGGAAUGGGCCACAUCAUCAAAGUGCUUCAAGGCACCGUAGAAACAGUAACAUUGCCAAGCAAGGUGGAUGUCAUUAUCAGUGAGUGGAUGGGUUAUUUGCUUUUACGCGAAAGCAUGCUCGAUAGUGUGCUCAUUGCAAGGGACCGCUUCCUCAAGCCAGGAGGCGCUCUGUUCCCUUCACAUGCAACGCUCUAUUUGGCGCCGGUGGGGGCGGCCAAAGCAUGCCGGGAGAAGCAGCAGUCUUUCGAUGGGGAAAGGCAGCACUGGGAAGACUUCAACGGCACGAUGCGGAAAUGGUACGGGACGGACUUUGCUUGCAUGCGCGACGAGUUCCUGGAAGAGCAGCGGAAGUACUACUUGCAGACCGGUAUGUUUGUGAAUCUCUCGCCAAAGCAGCUAGUUGGCGAUGGAAGCCCCUUGCUGCGCCUGGACCUGCUUACCGCCACCCUGGAGGAUCUGAAGGGAGCUGACAAGCCAUGCACUUGCUCGAUGAGGAUAAGCAAAGACACACAGAUUGAAGGCUUCGUGGGGUACUUUGACGUAGACUUCAGCGGCUCAAAGGAAAACCCAGCGAAAGAGGAAGUGCAGCUAACAACGGCCCCAACGACAGAGACUGCCACUCAUUGGGGGCAGCAGCUCUUUGGCUUUUACCCUCCGCUGCAAGCCAGAAGUGGAGACACACUCAAGGGCACGAUUUGGAUCAAGAGGCAAAAGAAGAAUCAUCGGCUGCUCCAUUUGGAGGCGAGCUUCGAGCUGGGUCAAUCAGGUCAAGUCCGGGAUAAGCGGGAGGACUCUUGGUUUGUUGACUAAGUGGGGCUCAAGCACUCCUGGGCGAGGUUUCACUGGCAGAA